AUAAUUGCAGACCAAAGUCGGCGCUGACUUCGCCGCUGAAAAAUAAUAAUUCCCUUUCGAGUGAUUCAAUUUCCUUGAGAUGGCGCGAAAGCAGAGGAAGUUGGCCAGCCACCGACGCUUAGACCAGGAGCUGUCCUUCCACCAAAGACUCCUGGGCGGUGUGCAAAAGAGUUUCGGAUCCCCGCUGGCCUAUCAAGCUGGUUCGCCCUUGGCGAAGGACAGUAGAAUGUCCGACUUGGAGACCUUCAUAAACGUCCUGAAGUGUGGCUUUGGCACAGGUUGUCUGGCAAUGCCGAGGGCUUUUCUGUAUUCGGGCUGGCUGAUUGGUCUUAUAAGCACUUUCGCACUGAGCUCCUUCGUGCUCUAUGCGAUGCAUAUUCUGCUGCAACAUAUCAAUGCGUUGGGAAGCCAAUAUAAAAUUCCAAUGAUCAGCUAUCGAAAGGCAGUGGAACUGGCUCUCAGCAGUGGUCAUCCGAGGUUUCGUUUUCUGAGCAAAACCUGUGGAUACUUAGUGGAUGUUCUGCUGUGUGCCUAUCACUUUGGCGUGGACUGCGUCUACGUGGUCUUCAUAGCAAAAAGCCUUAAGCAUUUGGGGGACAUACAUUUGUGGCCCAUAGAUGAGAGGCUGUACAUGGCUUUCAUUGCCUUGCCAUUGAUCAUAACGUUUUUGGUACGGGAUCUUAAAAGUCUUGUGCCAUUUGCCCUAACAUCCAAUAUCUUCCUGUUUCUAGGGUUUUUCCUUAUAUUGAGCUACCUCCUUCGGGGCCUUCCCAAGUUUGAAGAACUUCAUGCCACUCAGCCACUGGGCCACUUUCCACUAUUUUUUGGCACUGUACUUUUUGCCAUAGAAUCGGUUGGAGUGAUCCUAGCUCUUGGCCGCAAUAUGCGAACGCCGGAGGACUUCCUGGGUCCCUGUGGUGUCCUAAAUAGAGCCAUGAUCGUGGUGAUAACCUUUUAUGCGCUCUUUGGUUUCUUUGGAUACUGGCGGUAUGGCCAAGAUACGGCCAACUCUAUUCUGCAGAAUCUGCCGGAAAAGGAAUUUCUCCCCCAGUUGGUGACUGGAAUGUUUGCCCUGGCAAUUUUCUUCAGCUAUGCCCUCCAGGGUUACGUAACUGUGGACAUCAUCUGGCGGAACUAUCUGGAACCAGCGUUGGAAGAGGGGUCCACCAAGGCGGUGGAGUUCUUGGUGAGAAUCGCCUUGGUAAUCGCCUCGGUCCUGGUGGCCAUUCAGUACCCGGACUUUGGACUUCUGCUCUCCUUCGUGGGGUCCUUUUGUUUGGCCCAGCUGGGUCUAAUCCUGCCGGGAAUCGUCGAUCUCUGCGUUCGCUAUGAGGAGGGCUACGGACCUGGAAGGAUCCUGCUUUUCCGAUCAAUGUUAUUCAUCUUGAUGGGCUUGGCCGGUGGAAUGACUGGCACAGUGGUUACCCUGCGCACCCUCCAUACUCGUUAUCCCGUCAUUAAGCGCUUUUAGUUAGAGAUUUAAUGAACUUUGAAAUUUAGUUUUUAUUUCAAGGGCUUUAGGAAUAUACUAACAAUGCAGAAAUUUGUUAUUUAUUUUUAAAUAUUCAUGCUCUUAGUUAAAGCGCAAGAAAGUACUGAAAAUGUAAAAUUUUUAUUUAUUU